CUUCAGUGAAGACUCCCGCUUUUCCGGUUUUGAUUCUCUGUGUGGGACGAAGCGGAAGCGAGAAAUCAUCCGAGCAGAGAUUGUGUUGCACUGAUACUGUGUCGAUUCAGUAGGAAAGUCCGCUCUUUUUGCUGUGUUUACAGUCGACCCCCGAGUUACAAACAACACGGGUUGUCACAAACAGCGGGGGCCAUGGAGUCUCACGGCACAGACGAGAUUAAGGGACCGGUGCUGCACAUCGCGGUGGUUGGAUUUCACCACAAAAAGGGCUGUCAGGUUGAAUUCUCCUACCCGCCGCUGAUGCCAGACGAGGGUCACGACAGCAACCUGCUGCCUGAGGAGUGGAAGUACCUCCCGUUCCUGGCUCUACCUGAUGGGGCACACAACUACCAGGAAGGUUCGUCACCUGGGAAUUCAUUAUUGUACAUGAAGUGUGUGUAUGGAGUGUCCUGUUACCGACAAAUAGAAGCAAAGGCCCUGAAGGUCCGGCAGGCUGAUGUCACCAGGGAGACGGUUCAGNGCUGUGUCUGUUUGGGUUUGCAGCCUCUCUACGGUCUGCUCCAAGCAAAGCUGCAGCUCAUCACACACGCCUACUUCGAAGAGAAGGACUUUUCCCAGAUCUCCAUUCUAAAGGAGCUGUACGACCACAUGAACGGUUCUCUGAGGGGGUCGGCUCUGGAGGGGUCACAGGUUUACUUAGGUUUAUCAUCGAGAGAUCUUAUACUGCACUUUAGACACAAGGUUCUCAUCCUCUUCAAGCUUAUUCUGCUGGAGAAGAAGGUCCUGUUCUAUGUGUCUCCUGUCAACAGACUAGUAGGAGCUCUGAUGACAGUUUUGUCGCUGUUUCCAGGUAUGAUUGAGCACGGACUGGUGGACUCGUCCCACUACAAGCCUAAGAACGGCGUGUCAGAGGACCCAAAUCUGGCAGAGAUUGUCUCUGGAGUCGAGGACUUUGUCUCUGUGUCCGUCACCGACUUUGCCAACUCCACCUCAGAGCUGCAGGGAGAGGAGACUGUGGAGACAGCCCAGCUGGCCGCAGAGUCUCUGUCCUCUGGGAAAAGCACAGAGGAAGACAACCACCUCCUCAAACCGCUGUCUCGACCCUCUCCAGAGUCCUCCGAGAGCGACUGGGAGACUCUAGACCCCACUGUGUUAGAGGAGGGUGGUUCGAAUGUGACGGCUGAAGGGAAGGAGAAGGGCUCGGCACUGCCCGACUCCUUCGACUCCAAACCAGGGACGCCAAUCACAGUGCAGCCACAGGCAGCCAGUAAUCAGGGAGGUGUCACCCAAGGCCUGGUGUCUGGUCUGGAAGAGGAUCAGUACGGUCAGCCACUCGCCAUCUUCACUAAGGGUUACCUGUGUCUACCCUACAUGGCCCUGCAGCAGCAUCAUCUCCUAUCGGACGUGACUGUGCGAGGCUUCGUUGCGGGGGCGACCAACAUUCUCUUCCGCCAGCAGAGGCACCUCAGUGAUGCGAUUGUUGAGGUGGAAGAAGCUCUUAUCCAGAUCCAGGACCCUGAGCUCCGGAAGAUGCUGAACCUGACGACAGCGGACCUACGAUUCGCCGACUACCUGGUCAAACAUGUGAUGGAGAACCGCGAUGAUGUCUUCCUGGACGGGACGGGCUGGGAGGGCGGAGAUGAGUGGAUCAGAGCCCAGUUCACCCUGUACCUCCACGCUUUACUGUCCUCUGCAUUACAACAAGAUAAUGAGAGGCUGCUGGCUGAUUAUGGUGCACCGUUCAUCGCAGCCUGGAGGGUCACCCACAACUACCGGGUGUGGUACAGCAACAAACACCCUGCCAUGACCACCAUCACCCCAGGACACCCGUUCCAAGGCCAGUACAGUGUUGCUGAUGUGAAACUACGGCUCUCACACUCAGUGCAGAACAGUGAGCGAGGGAAGAAGAUCGGUAAUGCCAUGAUCACUACCAGUCGCAAUAUGGUCCAGACUGGGAAGGCAGUGGGUCACUCAGUGGGUGGAGCGCUGACUAACGCCAGGUCGGCCAUGAUCACUUGGUUCUCCACACUGGCUCAGCCUGCAGCCGUAACCCCUCCAGCCUGCCCCGAGCCCACCACUGAGUUAAAACCGUGACCACCGGUGCCUCGAAAACCUCCAGUGACUCAGAUCCUCUGGCUGCUAUGAAGCAUGAGGGUCAGCAGAGUGAGAAGUGGUUUUAUGAUGGAUGUGAGUAGAAAAUGAUAAUCUUUCUUCAAAUGGGAGUUUUAAUUCUGAAACAUAAAACCUGCCAGUCAUGCCUCUCGUUGGAGAUUCUGGGGUUUUUCCCAGUAUCACAUUAGUGGAAUCCCACUCCGGGCGGGAAGGCAGCACUGCCGUUAUAAUAACUGUACAGUCCAUAUCCACUGUGAGGGAGAGGCUGCCAGCACUUUUGAUCAAAACCAGAAAUUUCAGCAAGCCUCAUCACAUGUGACUACUUGUUCCUGAUCACUGCUGCAGUUUAUACUACUGGAUGCUUUCCUGUGAGACUAAAGAUGCUGUCAGUGGGUUUGCGGUGUUCACUUUUUGCUGCAUAUUUCUAGUAUAUGUGUAUAUAUAGCAAACAAUUUUACUGAAAAAUGAUGUAAAAAAAAAUUAUAAUCUGUGUCAGGAUUUGACCAAAGUGCAUGACCUGUAGCCCCUCUGAAGACUGAAUGGAUUAGAUUCUAUAUUUAGUCUGGUACAAGUUUAAUGAUGACUGUAAAAAUAUUGUAGUUGUCUCCGUAACAGCAACAAAUUUCCUGAGUGAGGUGUAAUUAUGUAAACAUACAUGUUGAGUGACUUAAGUAAGGCUUAUUUGCAUAUAGUCUAAAAUGUCAAAAAUGCAAAAAAAAAAAAAAAGUCCGUUUCUCAGAGUCCGAACUGACAGUAAAAGUCUAUAAAAAGUAAUAAUACCUAUAGUUUAAUCAGUUAUUUAAAUAACUGAUUAGUGAAUGGAAAAACUUUUUGGAAACAAUUUUUACUUAAUCGUUUCAGUCUUUUGUCAAGAAAAAUGCCAAACACUCUCUGGCUCUUUUGUGCUUCUCAAACAUGAGCAUAGCAGGUUAUCACACACAAAACUAAUAUUUGUUAGCUAAAUUAUUACCACCGUAAAUAUAAAGCUUAAUAUUUUCCUUUAACCUUGCGUCAAUAAAAAAAAAAGCUUUUUAUUUUUUUUAUUAUAACAGGCAAUAAAGAAUUUUAGCUGGCUAGGAAACGCCAACAUGGUUAACUAGCUAAUGCUACUAAGAAGUUGUUUGAUGUGAAAGAGAAUUUAUAUCAAAUCAUACACACCGACCACAAUAACAUCCAAGACUGAUUUCAAGCGUGGUUUUGAUGACAAGAGUAUCUGUAAACAUCUAAGUAGCAUUAGUGCAUAAGUGUGGUUUGCAUUAAUGUUAGCUUGAUGGCUAAAAGCCAAAAUUGCUCCACUCAGUAGUGAAUGUGGGAAUUGUUUUGUGCCAAAAUAUCACAAAAUAAUAAAAUGAUGGAGUCAGAUGCACAUUGAGUGUAGUGACACAAACGAGCUGUAAUUGAAUUUAGCCACCAGUCUUUUUUUUUUAAUUAAUCUACUCCACAGAGGUCUAGAUUGAUCCACUGAUAAAAAUAUGCAGGGAAAGUAGAUAAAUACAUGACAAGCUGAUAAAAUAGAAAUUUUAAGCAACCAUGAAAUAAAAUAAACCAGGGAGUGGUAAAUAGAAAAGUAAAGAGGGUUCGAUUGGUUUUAUAAGUGGAAAUGUUUAUGCUAUUUUUUUUUUUACCAACUGGAGGUUAAAAUAAAAUCUUAGUUGUAUUUAUUUUUAGACUUAAUUUAAUGAUUUAACUAACAGUAUUAUUUAUUGAUCACCUGUAUUUUGACUUCAUAUUCGUUAUUACAUGCAGUCAGUUUUGGGGCUGUUUGAAUUACUUUUUGUCCAGUCGGUAGCCCUAAACCACAAACACUUAGUUUACAGCGAUAAAAGCAGUGAAUACUUGACAUUUUUCUUGAUAAGAUCAUCUGAAUGCUGUUACUGAAAUAACCACAGUAAAUGAAUCCUUGUAAACCCAGUGCCUGAUGUUGUGCCCUAAUACACAUGAUAAAAUCUUCCUUGACUACAAAGGAACCUGCACCCAGCUGUCUUUAACAGGCGGUUUAUAAUCCUUCACCCAGGCCUUUUUAUACUUUGCUGUCAGUAUAUGUAUUUGGAGAACUACAUAUAUUAAGUCUGAAGAUAGUUUAAAAUCAGAUAACUUAUUUAUUUGUUGUGUAUGAACUUCUCAUAAAUAUCCAUAUUUUGUCCUGGACACUGGAACAAAUCUUAAUCUGUGGACCGCGGUGUGUAUUUGUACAAAGCACCCAUAAUUUUGUUAAUGUGAAUCUGUAUCUUGUAUAACUAAUUACAAAGUGUUUACAGGAUCAUUUUCCUCCUUGCUAGAAAUACUCAACUUUGGAUGAAAAGUGGUCCAGUGAGCAUGCGCUUUCCAGUCCAGUUUUACAGCUGUCAUGUCUUUAAAAGGUUUUGAAUGUUUACUUUUUUUUAUUUAUUUUUUUUGCUUUUAGA